AUGCCUCAGAUAGUUUUGCUUCCCUCGCUGGGCGAUCACAUCACUUUUGAGAAGCCCAAGCCCGCCAAAUGGACUAUCGUCGCCGAGCUCUCCCGGGGCUACGUUAUCCAUUGUAUAUUCCAACGUGUCCCUGGACUUCGUCUUGCUGAUGAUAAUAUUACCCGUGAAUACCGAUCCACGCCUCAUAAAUUGUUCUAG